AUGCUCAAACAGUUAUUGAAGUUCCAAACGAAGCUCUGCCCUCAGAAGAACACGUCAAAAUACCCGUUAUAUGAUGAUGCGUUUUAUAGUGAAGCAGUUUCGGAGGGAGCAGUGCAAGGACAGGAGAUUCCAGAAUAUCCACUCCCUAAGGAAGUGGAUUAUGAAGAUGUGGUCACCGAUGUAACUAUUUCUCCCAGCACCACAGUAUCUGAAGGAAACGUAAGCAUCGAGGUGCCUGUUGAUGAAGUAUUAUUCCAAGAGAGUCACCCUGAGGUCGUCCCUGUGACACAGUUGCCUCUAGAAAUUGAGUCAAAUCACCCAGAGGUUUUAACAGAAGAUUUGAAACGAGAAGGUAAGGAAAUAGUUUCGGAGACUGAUCUUAAUCAGAUAAACGUUAAUGGAGACAAUGUAGAAAAGAUCAGUGUCUUGGAAGAUGUAACUGAGAUCGUUCCCAUCCCAACAACCGUACCAGUUCUGGAAAGUGAUGUGAAUGAGGAAGAUUUGGUUCCAGUUACAGAGCCUGUCAGAAUACAUGCCUUAGUACCAGUGCCAGUAUUGCAUGAGGAAGAUUUGGUUCCAGUUACAGAGCCUGUCAGAACACAUGCCUUAGUACCAGUGCCAGUAUUGCUCGAUGAAGAAUCAGCUCCUUUUACAGAACAUGAAGAAGAAAGUAUCACAACAGUUUCAGAAACAGAUCCUACUGAUGUUGAUUCGCCAGUCACAGAACAUUUCUUUGAAGCAGAAGACCCUCUUCCAGUUACAGAACUCGGCCCUUUCCUAAGUGAAGUUGCCUCUGAACACGAGGAAAAAUCACAUGCCAACCAGACCUCCGUGGUGCAAGCAGUCCAAGAGCUAGGAGCUACAUCAGAUCAGGAAAUUCUUGAUGACACACAACUUGGAGCAGACAUUUUAUCUGAAGCUUCCAUAGACUCUCCUGUACAGAUUGAGCAUCCUCAUUUCACCAGUUUGAUUCCCAAUGCCCCAACAGAGCUAACACGAUUGCCAAACUCUCUGCUUACGUCUGAGCUUAUCAAGGAUGAUGGGGCUUCCAAACUUACACUACCUCGGCACACUGACGCUCAGAUAUUUGAAGGAAUUCUAGCAGAUGUUGAGCCUGAAGACCAAGAGAACUCGACUUUCAUUGUCCCAGCGAUCCCACCAGUUGUCAGUGAGAUCGACAUUCUUCCCAUCAUUGAUGUCUGGGGAUUCUCUUUGCUUGAGCAGGAGAACGAUACGAAGAUUAAUCUAGAAGGUAUUAGAGCACCCAAGACCAUUCUGACGCCAGAGUUCCACGAAUUCGUCAAUGUUGUCCCUCAAGAUAGCUAUCUCAGCAUAAAUGGCAUCCCAGUCUUGGACCUCAACAUCUUGAGUGAUGGCACUGUAACCUAUACUCUAGCUACGUUCCUCUUCGAUCACCGGGCCCUCGUGAAAGAGGCCCUUCUAAGACACAGCCGUGUGAAGCUUCCUGGCCUUACCAUUGACGUCCCUGGUCCCCCUCUUGACAUUUCGGAUGCCCCUGAGGUGCCUCCGAGUGAACCAACCGUCCAGGCAGUGACAGAAACGUUGUCCACUGGAGUUCUUCCUCCUUCCGAAGAAUUCCCUGUAACUGAGGCUCUUGGGAGUAGCCCCAUAAGUCUUCCAGAAAUCCAACCUUCUCUGGUGAAUGAAUCUUCUUUUCUUGACACAGGGGAUCAUGUUGAACCUGCAGAUCAAGGCGUUCCAGGAACUGAAGAAUUGCCAGCACCUCCAACUGUUCAGCCUCAAGGUGACUUAAGUGAGGAUAGUCAUUUGAUACAAAAAACUCUACCAGUGGUGCCAGAGACUGUUAUCAUGGGCAGCCAUUCUUCACUGUUACAAUUUUGGCAGCUUUCCCUCGAAGAUCAAGAGAGGCUGUCAGUACCUGUUAAUGAAGUUGUUCCAAAGACUUUGCUGAACCCGGAUGUCCUCGUAGUGGAAAACCUGGUUCCUGAGGGCUUUGAAAACCCUCUGCUUUCAGACGGGGCAGAGAACGAAGCCCUGAGAACGGAGAUGGUUCUAGACUAUCUCAUUCCUCAGUCUGUCAACCUGCAGGAUCUGAAAACAGCACCAGCUGGAGGACUCCACGUGACCAAUUUCAAUGGGAAGGAUCUUGUCUUUGAAGGAAAGUUUGGGAGUGGUCAGAGCCGAUUAACUGUGAACGGCGUCGACGUGACCAAAAUCGUGACUUUGGCGGAUGGAACUCAGGUAUUCGAGUUGACAGACUUGCUCUUCGACCACAGGCAACGAGUUUCGGAAAUGGCCCAUCGAGAUCAGGAGAAAUCCAAUAUCAAUCGCCAGGGUUUACCAGAACCCACUGUGACUGAUGAUGGACUUAAAGAACCAAGCUUAACUGUGCCACCAAUCCCAUUACCUGCUGCCAUCAACCCAACUGCCUCCCAGACUCACCUGUGGGCAUACAAUCAGUUCUACCAGGAUAAAUACCACAAUUUGGAGGAUGUGAGACUCCCAAAAACGAUACUAUCUCCCGAAGUCAAGAAGAUGGAAGCAUUAGUACCCAAUGACGACAGACAUCCCUUGUAUGAGAACAGUAGCCAGCGUUACGUGGACUUGCGAGCAGAAUUCCUAUUGAAUUAUCUCAUCUUGGAGAGCGUGGAUGAAAAGGACACGAGAAUCACCCAGCCAGAGGGCCUCACAGUGGAGAAUUUGUUGGGGAAGAAUAUAACCUUCUUCAUGGAUGACCAAGGGAACCUGAAAGUCAAUGGAUUUUUGGUUGACAAAGUAGAUACAUUGGACGAUGACAUGAAGGUCUAUCAUUUAUCAGACUUCUUAUUCGACCAUUCUGAAAUACAAGCGAUCAGUGAUGAAUACACGUCAUCAAACGCAGUGAAUUCUUCAAAUCAGCAAACAGCGGAGGUCUCUGCAUCAUCGGUGGAUGAAGUUUUUGUAGAAGACUCGCCAGUCGGAGAAGCUAUCAUUGAGCCAGAAGUAGAAGCAGGGAGGAAUCAGAGUCUGAACUACGUACCUGGCAUUCCUGAAUUCAUAGAAGACAGCGGGUUGUCUCUGAUCAAUCUGUGGCGCUAUUCUCUCAGGCACCAGGACUUAUCGUUCCUCAUUGCAGAGCGGAAAAUCCCCAUGACAGUCAUAUCUCCCAUCAACGAUAAGAUGCAAAACAUGGUGCCAGAAGACUCACCACAUCCACUGUACGAUGACAGCCCGGAGAGUGUGGCUCUCCGCACCGAGUUCCUCCUCGAUUACCUCGCCCUCGACCGCGUAAGUCCGAAUGACACGAGGAUCUCGGAGCCUGAAGGACUUAAAGUCUCUAAUCUCAAUCAGAGGGAGCUUUUGUUUUCCAACGAUGUGGAUGGUAAUCUGAUGAUCAGUGGAGUCCCUGUGGAGGACGUUGAGACGCUUCCUGAUGGAACUCAUAUCUACACAUUGUCUGACUUUCUUUUUGACCACAAGUUCUUAGUCAACGAAGCUCUUCGUAAGCUGUCUGCCCGCAUGAAGAUGACUGAAGCUACACAUUCAGGACUUUCAGGCGCUGUUAAUCAAACUGAUUCCCAAUCCCCAGAGGACCAAGUUUAGUGAAACAACUUUCGCAGAGUGAAGAUAGAAAGGUAAAACUAGCAGGAGUCAAUCAUUGUCCAUUACUUUAUUGCUCUAGUCAAAUAUUUUUUGUUUGUUUUUUUUGUAAUCUAGCGGAAACUUUUUCACUGUGUGGCAUUUUUUCAUUAUUAAGUACUUUGAUUUAUGUGGUUUCUUUGGAUUCAUUCAAAUAUGGUUGCAUUUGAAAAUGAGGGAUUCUAAGUAGCUUGUAUGUCCUUAUCUUGGUGUAUUUGUAUUUUGUAGUUGUGUAGUACUCAUUAAGCUCCCUGUGAUUCUGACUGUAGAAUAUCCUUUUUUAUAUGCUUAGGACAGUGGAGUCUCUGUAGGAUUGCCUGUAAUGUCAAGAAGCCUGUAAAGUCUUGUAAAGUAGUUUAGCAUGUUUUUUAGAAUGUCAUAUAAUCUUUUUUUAUCUAUAUACAACUGUUAUUCAGAAUUUGACGCAGAGCAUGUUAGAAUGGGAUUGUAGAUAGUAAAUAAUGUACCUUGUAUUUAUUGCUGUCUUUUAUAGGGGCGAAAAAAUAUUGGAGGAUAAGUAAAUACUGUACCUUGUAUUUAUUGCUGUCUUCUGUAGCGGAGAAAAAAUAUUCGAGAAAAAUUCAUGGAAACGGAAAUAAAAUACUUUUAUAUUAUGAUUCACCUUAAGAUAUGGUUGUACUGUAUCAUUAAAAGCAGUUUGAGGAUCUUAACAUUACAAGGGGAAAGAAAUAAGUAAGUCAGGUCUCUAUAGGAAAAUAAAUAUAAAAUAUUUAAGAAGCAGACUUGCCAUAUUUAUAAGGUAAGUUACAAUUUCUAUUUGGGAAAAAUGAUCAGCCCUGCUUGAGAAAAGAAUUUUCUUUCAGUGGUCGUGUAGUUUCUAUAAUUAAAGUGAGCCUUAUGGGAAAAUUCAGUCCUUGAGAAUGGAUGAAAUCCCCUUCUAUAUAAAUGUUUUUAAUUAUAUUUUUUGUAUAAGAUCCAGAGCAAUUGCUCGUUAUAGUUAUUAGAUAUUAUUAACUGUUAUUUUAGAAUCACACUGCAUAUACUCGCGCCUUUACCUUCUCCAUUAUUCAUUGUAGAUUCUGCAGAUAGCCUUUGUCAUUGUAAUUAAUGUCAUUUCCUUUAAUAUACAUCAACAUUGUGA